UUAGCGCUUGCUGUACAGACUCGUUCGAAAAAGAAGACGUCGACGCCAGCAGGACUCGAACCUGCGCCCUCAAAGAGGAACAGAUUUCUAAUCUGUCGCCGUAACCACUUGGCUAUAGCGCCUUAUUGAGUCGGAGCUCGAAGAUUUAUAAUAUUUAGUGGGUCGGGUACAAACGUGUUCGGUGACGUUAGGAUUGCCGACCGACGACCAUACUUAUACCGAGGAAGAGUCUUGUUCCUGCACUUAGAAGGAACAGUGCAUGCAUGAUUCACGCCAUUAACGUCGGACUCUAGGCGGAAACAACGCAUACCACGAUAUUUAUUACAUCACUUGCUGCGCACCGCGCACACGAGUCACCACGCGUAGAUCUUCAAGCACCUUUCUGAGUCUCAUACCAAUUCGAUCUAGAACGAUGAACGCCCUAGCGUCCUCUUCACAAGUACAAGUGUCUACGAAUAACAAACCUCAAUCACGCCAGCAGAGUCCUGCAGGACUUGGUGGAACUGCUUCACGCUUCUUCAUCUCAAUGCGCAAGUCCAUCAGUCAUACCCUUCUGACUUCACCGAGAAAGCGACAUGCAGACAACUUACGUGGUGGUAUUGGCAUGUAUUCUACGCCCGAAGAACGAAACUCUCAUGUCCAUCCACGAAUGCACGCGAGAUACAGAGACUCCGCAGCUUCCCGUCCUACCAUUGAACAAAUUGCGAUGGGCCUUCAUGUAUCCUGCACACCCCAUCUGCGAAAUCCGUGUCACCACCGUCAUUCUGCACCAUCAUCACCCUCUCAUAUACACUACCCCCGCGACUCAUCCGCAUUGCAUCGUCCCACACACAGCCUCCCACCACCCCCUUCCCGCUCUUCCCUCAAGAAAACAAGCAAUAGUGCUACCUUAAAUUGUCCCCCUUUGAGCUCAACUGCAUUAAUCCGCCCAUCUCCCUCCACAUCUACAAUCAACUCGGGAGGUCCAAUAACACCUGAUAGUCCGCGUUCCGUGCGGUCCAUAAAACAGCGUAUGUCAAAGCUGAUACUCGGAUACCGAUCUGCGUCCUCGCCGACCCGAGUCAUAUCAAUAGCGUCAUCAGGGAGUGGAAGUGAAGGAACCCGCCCGACAACUCCAAGAAAAUCAGUGCGAUUUUCCACCAGCGUGCUUGCAUUGGACAAUGAAAAUUGAGUCAAGCACUCAUAAUUAUUGAUCCGUCUCAACACAGACACUACAUACUACUUCGCUGCGCGAAAGUCUGGCCAGCUACCUAUUUCAUAUCAUUAACUCGCACUUUCUUUACCCCGUGCCACAUUAUUCCAACAUUCACUAUUUUAUUCCACCUCAUUGUAGCACUGGAUUUUUAUUCGCUAUACAUCAUGUCUGUGCAAAUACGAGAUCGCAAUUUUACCCAGAACUUGACAAGAACUAUUAAUAUUUUUC